AUUGUUUAAAUACCAAACGAUGCCAGUAGCUACAGCAUUUUUAGCUAUAUUGAAAGGGUUUGGCUCCUUUCUCUUACUCCUGGCUGGACUCACAGCCUUUGCUACUGUUGUCCAGAAUCUCAAAUCCAGGAGCAACAGAAGGAAAAAGUUGCAUUCAGUGAAGAGUGUUGAAGAUGAAGAAGAGAGACUAAAACGCCACGAGGAUGGGAAACGGGAAGCAAGAGAGAAAGCAGAUGUGGAACAUAUGAGAAAAGCCAAUGACUAUGUGGAUAGAAAACUGAAGCCUAGACAGGAGGAGCUGCGUCAAAGGAAACUAGCCGAAGCUGACCGCUUCUCAGACCCAGCAUGGAAAGACCCUGGGCACAAACUAGGGACUACCAAAGAGGACACAAAUUCGGGCACCAGCCCUACUGAGCCAACCAUUAAGGAUGAGUCUGAGCUGGUGGCAGAAGGAGCCAGACGUGUACAGGAUGCCCUCAGAGCUUUCAGCGAUGUGGAUGACCUCGGCCUGGACGACGAAGCUCUGACCUUCGCACCGGCGAAGCUCGUGACGCCCGCCAUUCCUUCGUCCGACGAAGAAUUUGAGAUGCUCGAGGCGGCAUGCCUCGACGAGUCGUCGCAGCGCCCCGAGCAAGCCGACCAUCGUGUCGCGGCCGACCGCGCGCCGACACCAUCUACAGUUCCUAUUGCAUAA